AUGGCGCUUUCGGAGAAGCAACGGCCCCUCGGGGCCGGGGCCAACACAGACCCUGAAAACCAGACACUCCCCUCACCACCGCACAAACCCGUCCUGACCUCCGACCCUCGGUCGUGGGUGACGGGCGUGCCAUUCUUGAUCUGGCAAUUCACCGAGAAUGACUUCCCAACCUUCAUCAUCCCCAACUCAGCCUUUGGCAUCUUUGGCGCCCUGGCCGGCUCGCGCCUGCUCGAGGGCCCUCCACCCACAGUCGAGGAGAUCAUGUGGCGCAUCCCCAUCGUCAUCGGCUACAACUGGUACAUGACCUUCAUCUUUGACCUCGCCAACCAGCGCGGCGCCGACUCGGUGCAGGAGGACGCCGUCAACAAGCCCUGGCGGCCCAUCCCCAUGGGGUAUGCCACCAUGGACCAUGCCCGCAAGCUGAUCCUGGCCUUUAUCCCGCUUGCCCUCGCCUGCAAUUAUGCCCUGGGGGUGUGGCAUGAGGGUAUCUGGAUCAUGGUGCUUAUCUGGAUGUACAACGAUCUUCGCGGAGGGGAUCAUAUGCUGCGCGACCCGCUGAUUGCGGCGGGCUCGUUGGGAUUUAAUGGGGGCUCGCUUAAGCUUGCCGGCGGCCACGACCGCGCCAUGACCAAGGAGGGCAAGAUGUGGGUUGUCAUGAUCGCGCUGGUUAUCCUGACCACGGGAUACAUCCAGGAUCUCAAGGAUCAGGUUGGCGACAAGCUGCGCAGCCGGAAGAGUGUCCCCAUCCUGCUCGGCGACGGGCUUUGCCGCAUCGUCAUUGCCGGGUUUAUCCUGUUCUGGGCCUUUGUGUGCGCCUCGUUCUUCCAGCUUAAGUGGUGGGCUUUUGCUCUACCGGUUGUACUCGGAGCCGGAAUCGGGCUGAACGGGCUGCUGAGGCGGAAUCGGGAGGCGGAUUACGCGACGUGGAGGACUUGGUGUUUCUGGCUCAUUGUCCUGUUUGCGCUGCCUGCGCUGUCGAGGUUUUAG